AUGAGCAGAUACUUGGAGUACAGCAAUCCAAAUCUGAAGCAAGGCUGCCAUCUCCUCUCGCGGCCUUUCUGCGAGGUCAUUGUUGUCCGUCAUGGUGAGACAGACUGGAAUCAACAGCUGCGAGUGCAGGGCACAACGGACAUCAACCUGAAUGAGCGUGGACGCCUGCAAGCACAAAUGUGUGCACGAGCGCUGACGAAGCUGCUGGAAUCGCGUGAGCACCCUCGCAGCGUCUACUCCAGCGAGCUGCGACGUGCUUCACUGACAGCUUCGGUCAUUGCAGCAUCCCUGGGCAAUUCCGUGGAAGUCCAGGAGGACCCGCGCCUCAACGAGUGGAACCUUGGGUCCAUCGAGGGCAUGAGAAAGGACGACGCUGCCUCGCGCCAUGCAGAUGACUGGUCCGUCUUCAGCCAGUGGUGUGCUACCAACGUGGCGGAAGAGGUGACCAAGUAUCCAAUCUCCGGAGGUGGCGAAAGCAUGGAGGAGGUGCGCCAGCGGGCGGCGCUUUGCAUCGAGGAGGCGUGCCGAGCAUCCACAUGCGGACUGGUAAUCGCGGUAACACAUGGUGGCGUUCUCGGCCAACUGCUGCGCCACUCUGAACCAAACUCUCAAGAGCCACGGGCGACGCCAACAAAUGCCUGCAUCAGCCGCUUUCGGGUCCAGCCAGGAGGGGGUUGGAAGGUGUUGAGCUGGGCCACAUCGGAUCACCUAACAGGAGAUGCGUCGCCUGCUGCAGCAGACUACGGUGCGAGCAAGUAUUGCGACCUCGUUCGCAUAAAGGAGCCACCGCCGAAGCUUGGCCUGACCUUCAUCUUUGGUGUCGAAAAGAGUUUCCACGAAUACCUGACCACCAGGUACCAAGGCUCAAGCACAGUGCUUUGUGGAGGGCGCUUCGCCUUGGGGCAGUUGUGGCCAAACUCGGCAUCAACCUUUGCCCUGACCUUCUUGCCGGGUUAUUGGUACAUGCGGGAACAGCUGCCGGUGGUCACCGAGGGACCCGUCUACCUAGAUCCACUCGGCCUGGUGCAGCUGGUCUUGGGAAUUACCAUCUUGGUUUGUUUCGUCCUCUCGGCCACAAUAAACCCUGGCAUCAUCCCCAGGAAUGAGAAAAUGCCCCAGGAGCUGGAACAGCACCUGGACUUGCGAGGCGUCCCUUGCCAUCGCUUCCUGAAGAUCUGCAACAUCACACUGAAGCAGAAGUACUGCUCAACCUGCAACAUCUUCAGACCUCCGCGCUCCAAGCACUGUUCCUUUUGUGACAACUGCGUGCUGCGGUUUGAUCACCAUUGCACAUGGCUCGGGAAUUGCGUGGCGCUCUACAACUACCGCUAUUUCGUGGUCUUGAUCUACUCAGCCACGAUCUUCUUGAUGCUGUGCAUCUAUGUGAACUCUGUCGUUUACGGCCUGCAGGCACAUCAGCAGUUUGGCCCAGACUACGGCUUCCUGGAUGUGUUGUGGGUCCUUACUCAGGAUGCUUGGUUGCUUUUAUUCUUCUUGUACUGCCUCGCCUUGAUGCUAGCUGUCCUGUUGCUUUCUGUCUACCACACGGUGAUCUCUAUCCAGAACUUGACAACGAACGAGCAUGUCAAGAACUACUAUAGGGAUGGACAGAACCCGUUCGACUUUGGCCCGAUGAAGAACUGCAGGCAGAUAUACUGCUUUCCAGAGCUUGUACUGCCGGAGGGCGAGGACAAGAUUGAGGCAGACUACGUGCCCUUCGGAUCCUACUCCGAUGGCCAGUCCUUCGACGAACUCUGA